AGUGAUUCAAAACUUUCGAUUCUUUCAAUCAGUAAUUGGAUUCACUAUUAAAUUGUUUAUAAAAACAAAAAAAUCCAAAAAUAAAAUAUGAAAUACUUUGCAGUCUUAGCCGUUGCUAUUGUCGUCUGUGUGAACGCCAAUCCGCAUAUCGUGAAUACCGGAUCCUCAGCGGUCUCGCGUCAGGACGAUGGUCACGGCAACUAUGCUUUCUCCUAUAAGGAGAAUCACGCCAGCGGUGGUACCUUCAGACAAGAGAAAGGAGGACACGGAGGAGUAGUUGGUUCAUAUGGUCUCACCGAUCACGACGGCAGACACCGAGUUGUCAACUAUGUUGCCGAUGCCCAUGGAUUCCGUGCUGAUGUCAAGACCAACGAACCAGGUGUCGACCCUAAACAAGAUCCGGCAGCCGUUAGCAUCAAUGGAGGACAUUACGCUAUCUCUGAACCGGUUAAGAUUAUUUCCGGACCCGCCUUGGGUUACGCUAAUGCUGAGUACGGUAGUGCUUAUGGUGGACACGGUUACGGAUACGGUCACGGUUACGCUGCUGGUCCUAGUGCUUAUGGUGUGCAUAUCAACCAUGCCUCCUACGCUGAACCCGCCAAAGUGAUAGCUGUUGGUUAUGGUGGUUAUGGCGGUUACGGUCACGGAAAAUGGUAAUCAACUCAAUGGCAAAAAAAACUUUAGGCUAAUUUGGAUCAAACUUUAAACUAUAGUAAUAUGUAUUAUAUCUAUGCUUAUAAUAUAAUUUAUAAAUAGUUUUGCAUUCACUUCAAUUCAAUUUGUGUUCAAUUCAGUUCACUUUUUAAUAUAUUAAUAUAAAUUUUAUUUAUGUUUUCUUUUUAAUAAUUUUAAAUAAGUUAUAAAUUUAUUGCAUUUUAUAUUUGUUAUACAAUUUGUGCACUCAAUCAAACAAUACUGAAAUAUGUAAUUUAAAUAAAUCUAUUUUAGAGAAAAACAGUUUAUCAACUUUUUUUGUAAGUUUUUUAUACUGUAAAAAAGUUAUGUAAUGAUAAAUCUGUUUUAAUUUAGUUGUCAUUAUUUUUAUGUCCAUUCAAUAAAUCACUUGCAUUCCUA